AUGGCCGCGCUCCUGGAGAACGCCGACCCUCAGAUGACGCCCCGCGCCCUCGCCAAGCCAUACGAGAGCCCUUCUACCUCGCGCACAUCCGAUGACGAGGCCCCUACCGUCGACCGGCUCUCAGAGGAUGAGAGCGAGGCGCGGCGGUCGCGCGCGGGGACGUACGACUCGCACGACAUGGCGCACGCCGCGCGCGCCGCCUCGCCCGCCGCGGCGCCCGACCCUUCCCUUAGCGGCGCGUGGCUGUUUGACGUGCGUGUGAUGGGCGUCGACUGCCGAAAGCGGGAGUCGAACGGCGUGCGGUGGUACCUGGUGCGGCUGGUGUGCCGGCAGCGACCCGGCCUCUCCUGGGAGGUCACCCACCGCUUCUCCGAGUUCGACGCGCUCGCCCGCCAGAUCAAGCCGCCCGAGUCGCUCGCGCUGCCUCCUCUGCCGCGCAAGCUGCCUUCCAUGCUCCUGAGCCACACCGAGAAGGCCGCUCCCACCGCCGCCCGCGGCGGAGGCAAGGCGGCAAAGGGUGGCAAGGGUGGCGGCAAGGGCGGUGGCAAGGGUGAGACGGCCCCGAGAGCCGCCACCAGGUGUGCCACGACCGCCGCCGCGAGGCUCGUGGCGAUGGAUGCGCCAGACCCGCUUUGCGCCGCCGCCAACGCCCGAUACUCGAUCAGAGCCGGCGGCGCGCGGCGCGCCCCUCGCCGGCGCGCCUCGCCCCUUGCCGGCAGCAGCAAGACUGCCACACGAGAGCCGCUGCUCGGCUUCGUCAACCGGACCUGGGAGGAGCUCUUCCAGCCGCGCGCCAAGCCGUAG